AUGUUUUCUGGAGGAAUAUUUCCUGUGGCAUAUGGUAUCGUUUCAAGUGAGAUCGUUGAAAAUUGGCAUUGGUUCUUGGAGAAAUUGAAAACUAUCUUGGGUCCUCGGGUACUAACUAUUAUUUCGGAUCGCCAUGAAGGUUUGAUCCAAGGGAUUCGUGAUGUUUUUCCACAUUUCCGUCAUUGUUUUUGUUACCAGCACUUGAAGAACAAUGUCCGUAGUAAUACCAACAAGAAAAAGUCAGAGCAUGGUGCUGCAAUGGAUUUGCUCAAACAAUGUUUCUAUUCAUCAAUACAUGAAGGCUUCCGCGAAGGUAUGAAAAAGUUGAAAGAUGUGGGAUGUGAUGGUCUUCACAAAUUCUUGAGUGACCUUCCAGUGGAAUGUUGGUCCAAUGCACAUUGUGAAGGUUGUCGUUAUGGGGACAUGUGUUCAAACAUUGCAGAGUCAUUCAAUACUUGGAUCAGGGAGGCGAAAGGUAUGCCUAUUGCCACGUUAGUUAACUGGAUUAGACUUAAGAUUAUGGAUCAGAUGAGUAAAAGGAAGGCUAAGGGGGUGAUGUAUAAAGGAUUCAUUUGUCCCAGGCUAGAGAAAAAAGUGCAGGCUUCCAUUCGUGUCGGUGCCCAGUGGAGAAUAACCAAGUCUGGUGUCAUGGAGUGGGAAGUAGCUGAUGGAAAGUACUCGCAUGUUGUUAAUAUUGCGAAGUUUCACUACAGUUGUAGGGUUUGGUUUACGGAGCAGUUCUCUUGUGAUCACGCUAUUGCGUGUAUGGUCUCAGCUAAGAUCAAUGUUUACGAGUACAUUAAUCCGUUUUCAGCAUUUGCAGCUUCCGCGCAUCGUAUGAUCGUCCUAUCAAGCCCAUUCCUGAUCACGACAAGCAUAUUGAUGUUGCUACUGGAAGACUUGUGA